AUGACACAAAGAGAAGAGGUAUUAAAUAGAUUAAUUAAAUAAUAAUUAGACACCAUAUUUCAGAGAAUGUUAAAAACUAGGUAGUAUUCAAUAGAAGGAAAUAUAUCUAUCUCCAACAAAAGCAGCAACAUAUUUGUAUCUGCUUAAUCAUGUAAUAAAUGUGAAGGAUAUCAAAGUGUGGAAAGGGUAUUGCUAUGCAAUUUGCCAAGAGACGUGUAUGUAAAUGGGAUACAACAAUUGAAUAAGAUGGGCCUGCCACUUGCAGAAUACUUGUUCCAGUUCAGAAGAGAGAAGUAUUGAUCAAAAUAAUAAUUAAGAAAUGCAUUAAUGGAUGGUAGAAUAUAGGGUAUGAGGUGUUUUAUUAGAACAAAGAUACGAUUGCAGAUUAGAAACAGUUGAAUUUGGAUUAAGAGAAUGAGGACAUACAAUUUUAAUUGGAGAAUAAUGAGAAGAUGCUUACCAAUGAUUUUAAGUAUCAGAUGAAGAAUUUGGCUAAAUUCUAUAAAGAACUAAAUCAGAAAUAUAGAUUGAAUGUUUAGGAUCCAGAUUUUAAAGAAAGAGUAUAAAAAACAAAGGAAUAGUUACAAAGUUAAAGAAAUAAACCGUUGCAAUAUUUUAAGAAAGAUGGAGUGAAAUUUGUUGAAUUGCUGCAUGAACUCAAUUAGGCUGAUAAACGUCAACACACUUUAUUGGAUAGAUUCAAGGCAUUCAAUCAAUUAAAAGCAUCCUAAUUUAGAAUCAAAGAGAAAUUACCUGAAAAGUUAUACAACAAAACAACCAAUGAUGAUGAUUCAACUCCUAUAAACAGAAAUAAAUUAUUAAAGCGAUCAUGUAAGCUAUUAGGCUAAACAAACAAAAAAAUUACAGAUACAUUGAAGAUGAAAUUUCAAUUAAAAGAUAAAUCUUAUCAUAUGUCUAAAUAAUUCGAUAAUAACACUCCUAAUAUCCUCAAAUUAUAAUCAUAAUCAUCAAUCUCCUUCCAUAAAAAGAACAAAACUGAUAAUGAAGAAUAUCUAGACCAAUAACUCGAAAGAUUCGCAAGCAGAAUGAUACAACCUCAACCAAGCGUUCAAGAAAUCGAUACUUAAAAUAUCAAUAGAUUAAUCGAAGUAAAUAUUAUACAAUAAAUUAAAAGAAUAAAUCAAAUUUGAAGUAGUUAUGUCUAAAGAAAAUCAAAUCAACUGCACAAUCAGAACAUUUUCGCAAACCAAAAAAACAGGAGACAGAUUGUAAUCCUUUAUUCACUUCAAGAUCAAGAGACAAAGAUUCUACUAAAACCUCUAUUAUUUUCAAGAGAUCUCAAAUGCUUACAUCUUUUACAAAUAAAUCAGAUUGUAUUAAAUGA